AUGUUCCUCACUCUGAAAACAAGGUUCCUCACUCUGCGGACCAGGUUUUUCACCCUGAGGACAAGGUUCCUCAUACUUAGGACAAGCUUCCUCACUCUGAGACAAAGGUUCCUCACACUGAGGACAAGGUUCCUCACUCUGAAAACAAAGUCCUCACACUCUGAGGACAAGUCUCCUCACUCUGAAGACAAGGUUUCUCACUCUGAGGACAACGUUCCUCACUCUGAAGACAGGGUUCUUCACUCUGAGGACAAGGUUCCUCACUCUGAAGGCAAUGUUCCUCAAUUUGAGGACAAGGUUCCUCACUAUGGGGACAACGUUCCUCACACUGAAGAGAAGGUUCCUCACUUCGAGGACAACGUUCCUCACACUGAGGAGAAGGUUCCUAACUCUGAGGACAAGGUUUCUCACUCUGAAGACAAGGGUCCUCACACUGAGGACAAGGUUCCUCACUCUUGGGACAAGGUUCCUUACACUGAGGACAAGGUUCGUCACUCUGAGGAGAAGGUUCCUAACUCUGAGGACAAGGUUCCUCACCAUGAGGACAAGGUUUCUAACUCUGAGGACAAGGUUCCUCACACUGAUGACGAGGUUCUUCACCCAGUGGACAAGGUUCCUCACUGUGAGGACAAGCUUCCUCACUCUGAAGACAAGGUUGCACACUCUGAGGACAAGGUUUUUCACACUGAGGACAAGGUUCCUCACACUGACGCAAGGUUCCUCACUCUGAGAACAAGGUUCCUCACUCUGAGGACAAGGUUCUUCGCUAUGAGAAGAAGGUGCUUCACACUGAGGACAAGGUUCCACACUCUGAGAACAAAGUUCCGCACUCGGAGGACAAGGUACCUCACUCUGAGGACAAGGUACCUCACUCUGAGGACAAGUUUCUUCACACUGAGGACAAGGUUCCUCACACUGAGGACAAGGUUCCUCACUCUGAGAACACGGUUCCUCACACUGAGGACAAGGUUCCUCACUCUGUGGACGUGGUUCCUCACUCGGAGCACAAGGUUCCUCACUCUGAGAACAAGAUUCUUCACACUGAGGACAAAGUUCCUCACUCUGACGAUAAGGUUCCUCGCUCUGAGGACAAGGUUCCCCACUCUGAGGACAAGGUUCCUCACUCUGAGGACAAGGUUUUUCACACUUAGGACAAGGUUCCUCACACUGAAGCAAGGUUCGGCACUCUGA